AUGGCAACUAUCGAGCAGAACCUCGUUCAGCAGCGGAUCCCGCGCUCCCGCUCCGCCCGGCUAGCGGAUCAGGCUGCAACAGCCGCGCUUUAUGUUACUCAUCCAGAACGGAGCCUCUCGCUCCGUCAACCACCCUCGGAAUCCGACCCAGCCACUUCGAAAGCGGCCGGGUUUGGCAUUCGACUCAGUGAUGCAUCAGCUGCAGCCGCGCUAAUCGCACAUGCAAAGAAGCAGGAGCCGGGAACCAGACACACCGCAUCAGUAUCUCGAGCCGCCGAUCGUCGGAGAACCGAGUCGCCAAUACAAGAGGGUUAUCCGUAUCAAGCGGCGAUGUACGCUAUCAAGGAUCAGAAGCCGGUAGCAACCUAUAACAGGAAGAGGGCCGAAUCUGCGCCAUCUGAAGCUGCGCGUGCGAGUGCAAGUGCUAGAGCGAGUAUAGUGGCGACAGAAGGAGCGAGCGAUCCUUUUGAGGAUCUGGAUAGAUCCAUGAGAGCGAGCAGGAUACAGAAUGCCCAUCUCAAUCGAAAGCUCUUUACUGCAACACCGCCCGUGGCCCCGGAAUUGGAAGAACAUCGGCGAAAGAGUAUAUUGGAGGCAGCUUCCCUGUCCAUGGCAAGAGAUAUGUAUGGGGCUAUGGAGGCUAAGGAAAGCGGUCUUCAGAGGAGUUCUACUACUCGCUCUCGGCGAUCUGGCUCGGUCUCUCAGCGAGAAUCUGCGACUCUACAGCAGGCAAGCACAUUGAUGCUGAGCCAGGCGAUAAACUUGCAGGAUGUUGCCGAGAAACGAGCCGCUGAGAAGCUGGCGGGCUUGGAGGACGAAGCCGCGGCGUAUCGAAGCUAUUAUGGAGUUGAACCGCAAGUAACGCGAUCAAGUCUCAUCAUUCGCCGACGCAGGGGCUCUAACGAAACGGAGCAGUUCGACCAGGAAAAGUCUAAGGAAAUUCGAACUCAAAUGUCGACGCUUCGAUCCAAACUCAAUGCGGUCGAUGAGAAGAGAAAUGAGAAGAGGGAAAAUGAUCGUGCUUCACUGCUAGAGCUCGCGAGGAAGAACGUUGACGCUGCAAUCCAGGACAUGGACAAGCGUCUCUAUAGUGGUGAAGCCGACCAAUCUGUCGCGUUGCAGAAAUAUCUAGACGAAAAGGCAGCCGAGCGUGCCCAAAAGGGAAUCCAGGACAUUGACGCGCAGUACAUGCUCGCAAAUAAAGUUAACAUCGGCGGGCGUAGGUACGUGGAGAUGUCUGAGGUAGAAGACUUGGCCCGCUCUCGGCUUCAGCCUACUCUUGAUGAAAUCAACGAUAUGGCGGAGACUCAAAGGGCUCGGGACUUGGAGGCACGCCUUGAUGAGGAGCGAAGGCAGCGUCUUGCGGCGAUCGAGCGUGAGCGUGAAGCUGAUAUACGUGCCGAGCAAGAACGUCACGAAGAGCUGUUAAAGCAGGAUCAAAAGACCAAAGAGGAGAAGGCCUGGCCGUGGAAACGAAAAUCGAAGCAACUGACUCCAGAGUAUGGGGUUGAGGCAACUACUGAGCAAACUACAGAACAGCGAGCCGACGGAGCUGUUGUCCCUGCGGAAGUCACUCAGCCUCAACUUGAAGAGACAGCCUCAGAGGACAGUGUCCUAAGACGGGAGUCGAAGUUCAAAAACUGGUUCAAAGACAAAUUAGGUCGACGCUCCAGUGGACCCUCGAAGGAGACAAACGGAACGCAGGAGCUUGCAUCGAGUAUUUCUGGUCCCACUGAUAAUGAGAUUGAAGAGCCUGAACGCACCAAGGCUCCCCAGGAGCCAGAUACGAGCCGACCAGCGACCGCCGGAACACAGGUACAGCGGGCUGAGGAAACCGAAAGCGAUCAAGAUCAGCCGCGAGCAGCACCUUUGAGGUCAAACCCUGUCACGGCCGAGGAUCUUAACCGUCGAGCUGAGAGCGCCUCUGACGAUACGUGGAAGACGCCUAGUGAGUCUCUCACUACAGAAGGAGAUUCGAAAGAGGUCUCCGAAAAUAGCAAACAGCAACCGAAGAAGGGGGAUUCUAUUCACGAACCGCCUGCCCCGUCAAUUGAGAAAGUGAAAGAGGAAGAGGAAGAGGAAGAUCGUUCUGCGGAGCCACUGCCCGCUCCUCCCUCCAUGGGAGACGUUGUUAAUAAACGGCGGGCCAGUGUCAACAGUGCAGUUCGGGAGUCGCGUUUCUCUGAAGACUUAUAG